GCGGUUGCUCUGUUACAAACGUCACUCUGUCGCCAAAGUAGCCACGUGAUUUCAGCUACACGAAGUUGGGCAUAAUUGUGGCAACCGAUCUUAUGUCCGCAAUGGAGCAUCCCGUUCAAGAGUGGCAAGACUGGGUCCAUCAGAAGUGGUCGCAACUUGACUCCUACGAGAAGGGGAAGUGGUGCUGGUCAAUGAGACUGCAAGCAGAAGAGGACAUUUUAGACAGGCUGUCCCGUGAUCUAAGUGUGAGGAAAGACCCUUGUGCUGUACUUUUCUAUAAGCAGGAGGGAAAUAAGAGGUUUGGAAAAAAGCAGUACACGGCUGCAGCGGUUCUGUAUUCAAAGGCUAUCUCACAUGCCAACCCUGGCACUGAAGACAUGGCAGUAUGCUAUGCCAAUCGAUCAGCAGUUCUUCUUCACCUUUCUCUUUAUUCUGCAUGUUUGGAGGACAUUGAACGUGCAAAAGAGCAUGGAAUUCCUGAGCGAAUAAGGAACAAAAUUAUUCAUCGGCAGGCUGAAUGUUUAGAAAGGCUGAGGCAGUCGUCCUCCACCAAGUGUGAUCAGCCCAAUAGAGGACUCUGUACAGAUGACCUGGUUGAUAAACUGGAGGAACUGCAUCUUAACAGCAAUUCACGGUUAACAAAUUCUUCCAGUUCCCUAACGCUUCAGUUCAGCACUUCUAAAGGACGGCAUUUAGUGGCUUCUCAAGACAUUCAGCAGGGAGAGACCAUGAUCUGGGAAGAUGCCUAUGUAAGUGUGAUUAUUCCAGACAGGGAUGCAUUGAAUAAGAAUUCUAAGUGGGAUAUCACCAUCACAAAUUGUGAUCUGUACUGUCACCACUGCUUGCAAAGACUUGUAGCCUCCCUUCCUUGUCAGCAUUGUAGUUUUGCUAAAUAUUGCAGUCGUAAAUGCUUGGACAAUGCCUGGAAAAAUUACCACUAUGCCGAGUGCUCCUUGGGAGGAGUCCUCCUUGCACUGGGUGUCUUCUGCCAAACAGCGCUAAGAGCGGUCCUGGUGGCUGGUAUCAGACAAGUUUCUAAGCACAUACAAGACAUUAAAUCUGCAGGUUGCGGAACACAAGACCAAACGGUCAAGGGUACAACUGAUGGAAAGUACUGUAGCAACUAUGAAGCUGUAGUUCAUCUUCUGCCGCAUGUAGAACAGCACAAAGAGGAGGUUAGACUUCUAUGUGGAUUCACAGCGGCAGCCUUAUGCAAGAAGCUAUGUGUUGACAAACUGAGAGAAUCUCCAGAACUGCUUUUAUAUGGAAAACCAGUCACAACGGGAGUAGGUGCCAAAAACGACUCGUACCCAGAGCUGAGGGUUCUCGGACCUGCUAUCCUUCGACAUAUUUUUCAACUUCAGUGCAAUGCACAGGCUGUGACUGUUCUACAUGAGGAAUAUGAGGCACUGGAUUCCUCCCCUGUGGAAAGAACAAGGAGGUCACGGCUUGCCACGGCAAUGUAUCCAGUUCUGAGCCUACUUAAUCAUUCCUGCGACCCAAACACCAAUGUGUCCUUCCGAGGCAGGUGCGCUGUAGUUCGAGCUAGCCGGCCAAUCCGGAGAGGCGAGGAAGUGACUCACUGCUACGGACCUCACAGUUCGCGUCUAGCUGUAGGAGAACGUCAGAAGUUACUGAAAGCUCAGUAUUUCUUCGCCUGUCAAUGUGAAGCUUGUAUACAGGAGCUCUGUUCCAUAGAAAAAAAAUCUGAUUUUUGCUGUGCGAUUUGCCAAUCCCUAUUGAAGGGACAAGAGGAGCUACAAUGUCCUAAUGCAACCUGCACCAAUGGAUCCAUAUCUCAUCAGAUCAAGAGGGAUCACUUAUUGGUCAGGCUGCAGCAGCUGGAGCAUACGGUUCAUAUGGCAAGAGAUCAGCUGCAUAAUAACCAUAUAGAUGUGGCCAUAAAGAUACUGAAGUCAUGUUCGUCUGAAGCAACACGUUUUCUUUCCCCAUCUCAUAUGCUUCUCGGAGAGAUUUUUGAUCAGCUUGCUCAAUGUGAAGCUACAAAAGGUAACUGGAAAUCGGCAGCGCUGCACCUUCAAAAAAGUAUUAAACUUGUCGAAAAUCAUUACGGCUCCUCCAGCCUGGAGCUUGGACACGAGCUCUUCAAGCUGGCACAGAUCCUAUUCAAUGGAUGUGAAGUUGCUGAUGCUAUGACAACUAUUCUGAAAGCUCAGCAAAUUCUGUCCACAAACUAUGGAUCUGAUCACUCUCUGGUGCAGGAGCUGCAACAAAUGAGAACAUGUCUAUUACAGCUUCCUGCUUUCAGCGAUUCAUAGGGGAUGUGACUGUGUAUAAAGGUGGAACAAGGACCGAGAUGUCUACUGAGUUUCCAGUACAAAUUUUCUUUUAUUUAUAGACCUAUCACCCCACAGAAACGCCUCUCUUAUGAAGUUAACGUGUCUUUGUGUAAAUAACAAAGCUUUGUCUGUACCUAAUUAGAUUGUCCAGGAUGCUGGAUAUCUUAAUAAACAUCACAUC